GUAAGACAUUGCCACUUUGCAUCUCCUCCAGCUGGUUUCGCGCGAAUGAUGCUUGAUUGUCCUAGUCUCACCAGACCCGAAAUGCUCGCGUUUCUCAUACCUCUCUAAGAUGUCUCCGUACUCUGCUGUCCGAUCUCAUUUCGUUUUCAUCCCAGGUAAUCAGUCACUGGCUACAUACAACCGAAAAGCGGCCUUCAUCUUGUUGGAGAACCCCCUUCGGCCGCUUGCCCGUCUCCUUCUCCCCCCGGUUCCGUCCUGCUGGCCAUCCACAAUAUCUCCUGACCAAACUCGUAUUUACAUAGAUAGUACCGGAGGGCCAGAACCACUUCCUGCACACAUACCCCCCUUUCCCUUUUCUUUCCCUUUCCCUCUCCCACUCUCUUUCCCUCGGGUUACUUGGGCGAAGGCAAGACGCAGAAAGGUGGACACCAGUUGAGCGCAACUCCGCCGUCAUCUCUCCUUCUCCAUACUUGCCCUUGGUCACCUCGGCCUGGAUUCGACUAGAGCACAUCAGACUGACAAAGUGCCACUGCUUUUCCGGGGACGUCUAUCCUACAUGCACCUACGUACCUACCUACACUGCUACACUACAUAAACCCGUACUUCCCCCCGGACGCGAGCUCUUGGUGUGCGUGUGUGUAAGUGCUUGUGUGGCCUCUCCAACCACGCCAUACGAUCUUGCCUCGCUGUAGGAGAGGGGAAAGAAACUACCUUUGGACCAAGAAGCAACCUUGCCGGCCGUCACCUCAUCGGAGCCCGUCACCUCUUCUUUCUUAACCUCGUGAACGUGGCCCUAUUACAUGCGCACGCACGUCGUUCACAGUUCAGGCUAGGAAACUCUCCACCUCGUGCGAUUGUUUCUUAUUUGAACCUUGCGACACCCACACGGUCUCUUUUUCUCUCGCACUUGAUCGAAGUCUUCCUGCAGAUUCUUCGUCGGAAAAGUACCCUCUUUCAUGUCGACCGUUCUCUCGAAGCCAAGGACACCGCCCCUCUCCCGCUAGCCUCUUGCAUCAUGACCGCACCGCGGGGCCGGCCGUCAUGGUGUGUAAGUCGGCUGUUCCCGGCAAUGCUGCUGGUGACCGUCCAGUUCACCAACGCAUACGACCUAGACCCAAGUGACCAUAACAAUGUUAAGACUAUCGCAAGGUCGAUGACCGAAGACCUCAUGGCCUUUUACGACGGAGACAAGCCGGGGAAUACCCCGGGUCUCCUACCCCUGCCAUACUACUGGUGGGAGGCUGGCGCCCUCAUGGGCACCAUGAUCGACUACUGGUACUACACGGGCGACGACACCUGGAACGACGUCGUCACCCAGGGACUCCUGCACCAAGUGGGAAAAUACAACGACUACAUGCCGGACAACCAGACGUUAACUGAAGGCAACGACGACCAAGGCUUCUGGGGACUCGCCGUCAUGUCCGCCGCCGAGUACAAGUUCCCCGAUCCUCCCAAGGACAAGCCGCAGUGGCUAGCGCUGGCACAGGCAGUUUUCAACACCCAGGCCGCACGCUGGGAUCCCGACCAUUGUGCAGGAGGGCUUAGAUGGCAGAUCUUCAACUGGAACAAGGGGUACGACUACAAAAACACCAUCUCGCAGGCUUGUUUCUUUGCCCUCGCCGGGCGCCUGGCUCUCUACACUGGCAACUCUUCCUACUCGGAAUGGGCAGACAAAACGUGGGAUUGGAUGGUGGGCGUCAACUUCAUCUCGGACGACUACUACGUUUACGACGGCGGUCACAUCCAGUACAACUGCACGAACAUCGUGCCCUACCAGUGGAGUUAUAAUGCCGGCGGCAUGAUCCUCGGGGCGGCUGCCAUGUACAACUACACCAAGAGCGAGGUGUGGAAGAACCGACUUGAUGGACUCGUCAAGGGUGCCGACGUCUUCUUUGUCGGAGAGGAGAAGAACAUCAUGCAAGAGGUGGCGUGUGAGACGGUGGGACUAUGCAACGUUGACCAGCAGUCGUUCAAGGCCUAUCUCAGUCGCUGGCUAGUCGCCAUCACGAAAUGGGCACCGCACUUGUCGGAUCGUGUCAUGGACAAGAUUCGACCUUCGUCCAUUGCGGCCGCAGCCCAAUGCAAGGGCGGCUCGAACGGGCGCAUGUGCGGACUGAAGUGGACCGACAACGGAACUUGGGACGGGAUGCAAGGCGUCGGACAGCAAAUGGCGGCCCUUGAGGUCACCCUCGGCAACCUCAUUCAGAAGUCCAGCGACCCCGUUACUGCCGAUGGUGGCGGCACUUCAGAGGGCGAUCCCGGAGGAGGAGGCAGCGAUAUCGGGCGAACGGUUCCGGCGGUCUCGAAUCAUCCCCCUUUGAGCGCGGGCGACACCGCUGCAGCAGCAAUCUUGACGAUGAUUGUGCUUGGGCUGCUUGUGAUCGGAAUCCUUUGGAUGUUUAUGGACGAAACGUCCAAAAAGCCUCUUCAGGAGCGGUUUUUCGACUUCAGAUCUGCGCUGCUCGGAGGGGGCGGCCUCGCGGCUCUGGGCGCGCGACACAAGACGGAUGAGAUGAACGAGAAAGGGAAGGGAAUCGAAAAGGAGAACGAGAACGAGAACGACGCCUCGAGCGAUGGGGCGAGUUCGCGCGAAACCGGCAUCUUGUCUCCGUUGCCGGCGAGGGGGCAUGCCUUGAGAAGCCAGGACUUACCACAGCGAGGCAGCAUGGUGUCGGAGAUGAGCAGCACAACAGUGGUCUCGGCCCAUCCUUCGGGGAUCCCCAUGGUGAGAGAGAAGAGGCUCAGCAGGAAGACCAAGAACCCCAUGCUGCGGAACAGCAUGGCAUCGCAGCGGUCUGCUCGGAUCGAGUAGUCGGCAAAGGAGCGCUACCGCAUUGAAUUUCGCACCAACGGCGUUAAUCGGACCGGGCCCGAAUAAUUUUUCUGAAGCAUGGAUUGGAUGUGUGAUAUGGGCAUUGGGUUGGCAUCAUAUUGUUUCCAUUGGAAGGAUCAGACUAAGAGGUCGUUGUCAGCGCUGUUACGACAGAGCCAGCUCUCCAACAGAGACAGGCAAGAGCAUAAAAGAUACUCAUGACGUUAUGACGGCUUGUACAUAGAUGGAUGAUGCGAAAUUAUAUAACGAGACGGCCGUCUUGCUGCUUUUGGCCAAGCGAUCUCUUCAGUCCUGGGCUUGCGACGAUAUUGUUGUGGCAGUUUUGCAAAUAAAUGGCACUUCUGGGACAAGAUUCGAUAGACAUUCGUUCCCCCGGAUGGCACGGCUUUCGAUGCUAUGUCCAUCGGCCGCCCCCACAGAAAAGACCGGGGACGAUAUGUCAAGCCGGCAGGAUCCUUCCACGGACGGGCCGGAGGCUGUGGACUAUUAGGACCGGAUAAUUGCGCGUAAGGGAGGGCUGUACG